UACUCAGAAGUUAGAAAAGGAAUGUGUAUAGAUGGGCAUGAGCGUGCAGAUGUGAUGGCUUAUCGUGAAAAGUUUUUGAAAAAAAUAGCAAAAUUUGAAGCAUGUAUGGUAGUUUUCUCUGGUGAAAAUAUGGAAAAAGAGACUAGACCAGAUUUUGAUAAUAUUAUCAUUUUGGUAACACAUGAUGAGUGUAUUUUUUCAGCCUAUAAUAGAAGACAUUGGCCGUGGUUGCCAAAAGGAGAGCAACCACUUCGCAAAAAAGGCCAAGGGUGGUCAGUUCAUAUAAGUGAAUUUCUCACUGAUAUUGAAGCAUGUGUCAUAACUUACCCAAGUAAAGAUGCUCAGUUUCCAAGUGCAAAGGCACUUUUUGUGUUUGAUAAUGCAACUAGUCAUUGUGCAUAUGCUAAAAAUGCCCUUCUAGCAAAAAACAUGAAUUUAUCUCCUGGUGGAAAACAGCCAAAAAUGAG